AUGGAGCAGGUGAUUUCUUCACUUCACAAGAAGAACUUUGAUCUCAAGUUAGAACUGUACCAUCGUCGAGAACGACAAACGGCGCUCGAAGAUAAAGUAGAAGCCCUCGAGAUGGAAAAGUCGCGAGCAGAAGAAACGAACCAACAUCUCUCUCAGGAGAUGGAGAAGCGCGACAAGGCAAUUGAGGAAGCGGUCGCUAUGAUUGUGGCUCUCGAAGCUAGAGUCGAAGAGUUCGCCAAGGAAAGAUCAAUCAUUGAACAGAUCCAAUCCGAAGGACAGUACUCAGCUCACAACUUCAAUCCUUGCUACGAAGAUCCUAGACCUGCGUCACAGACACCAAUCUCGGCGAAGCGAACGAAAGAUGAUAGGAUCAUCAACCGGAUGCCGAGUUUCAUGUCUGACCACAACGAGAAUACCGAGAAUCUGCGCAAUGUUUAUCUCGGAGCUAGGGGCAGCGUUAUUAGUCUUGCGCAGGUUCCCGAGGGGCCUGGCGAAGGCGACACUGGUCGCAGCCCAAGUUUGAGCAUCCUGAGCGAAAGUUCCUUUGUUAGUGUGUAUGGAUCCAAGGAAGACGAGGAUAGCAGCCUCCAAGAGGACGAACCAGUGACCUUUGAUGGCUCCGCCAGCCUUCCAGCCAGAGCCAGUGCUAUCAACCGACCAAAGACAGCUUUUGUCCAGUCUCACAGUUCACCUAACAGAUCAGCCCGAUCAAGCUCUGUCUCAAAUCACCCAGCGCACUUCGACUCAAUUCAGAACGUUGUCGAAUAUAGCUCUCCACGAAGGUCUGAACGACAUCACCAACCUUCAAGGAUGGCAUCGCGACCCCAAAGCCGGGAUCAAGAUAGAUCAGAACGCUUUGCUGGCCGUGCUUCGAUGUCUCCAAACCAUCAACGCCUUAAACAGGAGAAGAGGGAUUCACUUCGAAGAGUUACGACCGAGGCUCCUGGUGGCGUUAGGUUGCAUGACCAGAACCUCCCUCCAACGCCAGACACUGUCUCUACAUCUACACUGCGACGCUUCAACAACUCCAAUGAGGCGUUACUAAGACCCCCUACAGCAAGACCAAGCCACAGUGCGCUAUCAGAGGCAUCCGAAAACGACGGAAGCUUGGGAACGUACUCGGGUGUCCGUCUGGAACAGACUCCAAUGCGUGCUGUCAAGGCUUCAGCUCAGAUCAUUGAACUGAACAAUAGAGUCUAUCGCGAGAACCAGGGCAAAUCCAUUCAGCGCCCUCGGUCAGUGGACGAAACUACCAUUUCCAACCGACGGGCUGGAAAUGGUCAUCAAGGAGGUGCAAGCACAGGACUCGAUCCUGACAGGAUCAGGGAUCUAUUUCCAGUUCAGCAAGAACUCUUUUCGGCAUCGAUGCCUCCGCCGCCUCCUGAUAGGAGCUCGAGCUUGAACCCUCAGGCUGGGCAACAGAGCAAGACAUCAUUUCUGAGUCGACCGUUGGCCAAUGCCAAAGCCUCUAAGGGGGUCCGUAAGAAGGGCCACCAAAGAAGAGCCAGCGACGACAUUCAGAUUCGGGCGGGCGCACACAUACAGGCUCAAGGACCGUCCGCCGGUGACAAGAACCAUUACCCCCCGAUCGCAAAUCAACAAUCCACGCAGAACAAAUUCACCAAGUUCUUCAGAAGGUCUUCUACCGGACCUCCGAGCGGUGCCCCAACCCCAACCCCAAGAACAGAGCAUGGUCCCACCGAACCACCCAAUGGGGCAUUCUCGAGCUCUACUGGUGCACCAGUGCUCCCACCUUGGAUCAGUCGGACAGGUGCGGCUGAAGAGGAUCGCGACAGCGCAACACCACCACCAAUUAUGCGAAAGUCGCGACAAGGAAGGAAUGUCUCGGUGGAUUUUGAUAUGGCUGACGACCCGGUAAUGAGCCAAGAGUCGGGCACUCCGGGAACACCCAAACCACCAGCGAACGAAAAGGACACAGCGGAGCAGACAGAAAGCCCGAGAGGGGCUGGCGCAACAGGAAGCAGGAGAAAGUGGUUGCCUGCAUUUAGUCUUAGAAACAAGCAAGGAUAG